AUGCAGUUGUGGUUCUCUGCUCGUGAACAACUGCGGUUCAGAAUAAUGUCAGCCUGGACUCCUGGAGUGGGUAUAUGGACUACGCUCUCUCAGAGCAAUGGCAAAUAUAAGUAUGACUAUGCGACCAUUCCAUUUCUUGCAGAAUUCUUCAAGUUGUCAGUCUCAAGCUUCUUUCUUUGGAAAGAGUGCCAGUCUUCAUCACCACCAAGGAUGACAAAGGAGUGGAAAAGUGUGCGACUAUAUCUUGUUCCUUCAGUCAUAUACCUCAUCCACAACAAUGUUCAGUUUGCGACCUUGACCUAUGUUGAUCCAUCGACCUAUCAGAUAUUGGGGAACCUGAAAAUUGUUACAACUGGAAUUUUGUUUAGGCUUGUCUUGAAGAGGAAAUUAUCAAAUCUACAAUGGAUGGCAAUUAUUUUACUGGCUGUGGGAACUACUACAAGCCAGGUCAAGGGAUGUGGAGAUGCACCAUGUGAUUCGGUUUUCUCAGCACCAUUCCAGGGUUACAUGCUUGGGAUACUUUCUGCUUGUCUUUCUGCACUAGCUGGAGUCUACACUGAGUACUUGAUGAAGAAGAAUAGUGAUAGUCUGUACUGGCAAAAUGUACAAUUAUAUACGUUUGGAGUUAUCUUCAACAUGGGUUGGCUUGUCUAUGGUGACUUCAAGGCUGGGUUUGAGAUGGGUCCAUGGUGGCAGCGUCUUUUUAAUGGCUAUUCCAUCACAACAUGGAUAGUUGUGUUCAACUUAGGCUCUACCGGUCUGCUAGUCUCAUGGCUGAUGAAGUAUUCAGACAACAUAGUGAAGGUGUACUCAACUUCAAUGGCCAUGCUUUUAACAAUGGUUUUGUCUGUAUAUCUUUUCAAUGUGAGAGCUACAGUUCAGCUUUUCUUGGGCAUUGUCAUCUGCAUAAUUUCCCUGCAGAUGUAUUUUAUGCCUGUACACAUGCUAGUUGAAUUACCACAAACAUUGCCAGCUGCAUCGAAGUAG